AUGGGUCGCAAUAAGCUCUGCUGCUCCUUUGAGGACUACAAACUGACCACCGAGUGGCUGCUGAACCACACGAGUCACCGUCCGAAGGUUGCAGUGAUCUGUGGUUCGGGACUCGGUCUGCUGGCCGACGGAGCAGCCAACAAACAGACCUUCAGGUAUCAGGACAUCCCCAACUUCCCCGUCAGCACAGUCGCGGGUCAUGAAGGCUGUCUGGUGUUUGGGACAAUCGAGGACACUGCCUGUGUCUUCAUGCAGGGUCACUUCCACCUGUACGAAGGUUACUCCCUCUGUCAGGUGACCUUCCCCGUCAGGAUCUUUAAGCUGAUGGGGGUGGAGUCUAUUCUGGUGACGAACGCUUCCGGAGGAAUCUGUCCGGACUUCAAAGUCGGUGACAUCAUGAUCAUCAAAGACCACAUCAACCUGCCGGGAUUCGCUGGACAACAUCCACUGUUUGGACCCAAUGACGAGCGGUUUGGGAUCAGGUUUCCCUGUAUGUCCGAUGCUUACAGUAAGGAUCUGCGGCGGCUGGCGGUCGAUGUGGGCUCUGAGCUUGGCUGCAGUGACUUCAUCAGAGAGGGAGUUUACUGCAUGGUGAGCGGACCGAACUUUGAAACCAUCGCUGAGGCCAGAAUGCUUCUGAUCCUGGGCUGUGACUCUGUGGGUAAGACAACAAGAGAGGCAGACGGGCAGAUGGACAGCCUGUCUUCAUCGAGAAGGGGUCUUCCUGGUAUGAGUACAGUUCCUGAAGUGACGGUGGCGAAGCACUGUGGACUCAGAGUUCUUGGUCUGUCCCUCAUCACCAACAUGGUCAGAUUUAUAGACACCUAUUACAUCUUUGUGACACCUGUGUGA